UAUACGCUGUUUACCAAUUGCACAUGUAUAUAAUUUUGAAAUUAAAGUAACCUAAAUGUGCAAUUUAUGUGAGUUGUGUAUGGAGUCAAAGUUCGUUUUAAUUUUCACGUGUGUCGGUACAUUAGUGACGUUGUAUCAGAAAAUCGAGAAAAUAAAAGGCAAUCUGGACGAUAUAAAAUCAAAAUGUGAAGGGGUUCCUCAAAUGAACAGCGAGGUGGAAAUCUUGAGAAAGAAUGUUGUUGAACUAACUCUGAAAGAAAGGAAAUAUGUAGAAGAAAUCAAAACGUUGCGGAGUGAAUUUGAUCUAUACAAAAAGGACAUGACAGGCCUCGUUGAUUACGCCUACAACGGACGUAUAGUUUCUAUCGGGAAUACAGAAACAUACCAAACGGAGGGGUUGGAGAUUCUAGGAUACCGGAUCAGAUGUGGAGACAACAAACUGGAAGCGAGGAUUCUUGAAAAAUCUGUGAUGCCUGGUGACUGUUGGCCUUUUAAAGGCCAUGAGGGCUCUGCAGUUAUUGAACUGGUCGACGAAAUUAUUGUGAACAAAGUGAGUCUGGAGCACGCACCCAGAGAUUUGUUGUCGGACGGUGCGAUCGCGUCAGCCCCGUACGAGUUCUCCCUCUGGGGCCUGUACGAUAACGCAAACGGAGACGUCCCUCCCCAUUCUUUUGGUGUAUUUACUUACAGACUUUCCGGACCUGAGGUGCAGACUUUUGUUGUUAAGAACCCAUCGACUCAACGAUUUAAAGAGGUAGAGUUUAGAGUUCAUUCUAACCACGGCCACCCAGAUUAUACAUGCGUUUACCGUGUCAGAAUCCAUGGUAUAAGUCCAAAAGCACCCAUAGUCAUAGAGGAGUAACUAUUAAUUCCAUAUCAAUGCCUUUUGACAGUACAUUUUGUUGUAAUAUGUUUUUUAAUGGCAAAUAAACGUUUCAAGAAGAGAA